GGUGCGCCAUGCACACGAUCCAGUUCUUCCGUUAGCGAGCAACGUGUAGCGUUGAAUAUGCAUAACGUUGCCGGACUAUUCAUCAUCCUCGGUCUUGGCUUGAUUUUCGCAUUCUGCACCGUUAUCGUGGAAUUCUGUAUUCGUAGUCGGCAGCUUGCGCACGAUGAACAGAAGCCUUUCUGGCAAGAAGUACUGGAGGAGUUGCGCUUCGCACUGAACAUCAGCAAAGUUCAUGAGCACCGUACGCGACGGAAUUUACAGCAGGAUAGCCAGGAGCUUGCAUCACCCUCUGCACAGCUUCUCUAA